AUGUUCAAGUUCGACUUCGACAUUGAAGAUGCCGAGGAUCUCGAUGUGGUGAAUUCCAACGUCCCAAACAGGAAAGAAAAGGACUCCAGCGACGUGUCGGUUACGCUAGAGUCAUUUGCAGAAGUCCCAAUCGUCCAACUUCUAGAUAUCUUACCUUCUCUGAUCUCGUAUUCGCCACUUCGAAUACCUCUUGCAUCGUCUCGCGAGGAGCUCACGCUUUUGCGCCGCGAUCUGUUCGAUGCGCGCUUCCAGCUAAUAUCAGAAGGCGUUGGGGAUGCCGUUAAUGCCAGCCAGAUCCUUUCAGAAGAGCCUCCAAUAAGCUCUCAGCUCCUGAGGGACAGAAAAGCUCUUGACUUCUUGGAUGCCCCUUCCGAUCUCGUCCCGGGUGUUUAUGAAGGGGGACUGAAGACUUGGGAGUGCAGCCUUGAUCUGGUGGACUAUCUUGACACCUUGAAGGAUGUACUUGGCUACGAAGGGUUUGAAGGAAAGAAGGUCUUAGAGCUUGGUUGCGGAACUGGUGUACCGUCCCUCUACAUCCUUUACGAACUGCUGUCAGCCGUGUCGACCUCGAGUGCAUCGAAAAAGACUGAAAUACAUCUACAAGAUUACAACCAAUCAGUCCUCCAGCUUGUAACGCUCCCGAACCUUCUUCUAACCUGGUAUGCCUCUCCUCUAGCUGACGACUACCGCGCCUCUAUCAACGAUCCUGAAAUCGCGCCUCUUCUAGACCCAGUCGUGCCUAGCGAGUUGCCGAUUACGCCAGAACUCAAAGCUGCGUUCUUGUCCUCACUCAGCAAGUCAAAAAUUGCGAUCCGCCUUUUUUCUGGGUCUUGGGACACCUUCGAUCCCCUGAAGACGAUUGGCACGGACUCAUACAACAUCCUCCUAACGUCUGAGACGAUCUACUGCACGGAUAGUCUGCUCCCUCUAGUGAAUCUCAUGCGAGCAGCGGUUGGGAUGGGUACCCAGGCAUUGGAUCGUGAGGACGUUGCGUCAUCGAAAAGGCCAAACAAAGAGACCCGCAGCUAUCUCUGCCUCGUAGCAGCUAAAGUGUUAUAUUUUGGAGUGGGUGGUGGAAUUCCCGACUUUUUGGAGACUCUUAGAAAAGUCAAUGCCGAUGUGGAAACAGUCUUGGAGCGUACAGUCGGCGUUGGGAGAAAAACCAUGCGGGUACGAUGGUAG